AAGUAAAGCAACUAACAAGUUCCAAAAUAAAACAAUUUGAUGCAGUGGCAAAUUUAAAACUUUAUCAAUUAUAUGUCCCCCAAAAGAAAGGAGUGAAAAUUUUUCGCUGUUAUACAGAAAGGCAGACCCCUACAUAUAUAUGUACACAUAUACGAAAGCCUACAUAUAGAUGUAGUAUAUGUUCAAGCAUCCUUUAGCCAAGUCAAGAAGAAACUACGCGAAUGUGCGCUUUUGGUUACCUCUUGUUUUUCGCCCUAUUGUUAACAACAAUUCUGGUGCUGUCCAUUAUUUUUGCCACCACCUCCAAGCGAUCCAUGUUGGAUAGCUUUGUACUAGUAUUCAAUUACACACAAGAACACCAGGCAGACCAAGAAAUGCAGCAGCAACAACAACAGCCAACGGAAUAUCAGCAGCAACCACAAAUGUUCCUAAAACAGAAAAUAUUUUGAGUUCCAUGGGUUAAUGAGUAAUUACGUCCCGAAAAAAAUAAAACGAAAGUGAAAAUCAAUUGGACGCUAGUGUACGCGAGUGAAAGAAUUUCUCAGUUCUCAAGUGAAAUUACCACUAAAGAUAAAAUAAAAUAAAAAAACGAGUGACAACCGAAAAAAAUAUAAUUUUAUCAAAACUUGACUAAAAAUCA